AUGGUUUGGGACGUAUUUGAAAAAUAAAGUGAUUGUAAUUUGUAAGCGCCUGAAAAAGUAGUUUUGUAAAAUGUGGACGUGGAGGUUGGAUCCAACUCAAAAGCGGGCGGCGGUGAAUUCUGAAUUUUGAGUUGAAGCAUUCAUUAUGCGAAACGACGAGGCCAAUAUCUUGCUGGGCUUCCCACCCAAUUCCGUUCCCUCCCAAUCUCAGAUCAAGUCUGCCUACAGAAGGAAGGUUUGGGAAACUCAUCCCGAUCGAUUUCCACCUCAUCUGAAACCCGAAGCCGAGUCCAAUUUCAAAUUGGUCUCGGAAGCGCAUACUUUGUUGAACUCUCAAGUUGGAAGAAGAGGGUCGAGGAGUGGAGUCGGAAGCUCCAAGGUGGGACGAGGCAGCAUGGGAGCUGCGUCCAUUCCAUUUGUUUUCAUCAUAUUUGGAGCACUUGCUCUUGGCGGAUCAACUGCUUCAAGGGCGUAUCAAAGACAGAAGGAGGCUCAUCCCUGUUUCAAUCCUUUUCUUCCUUAGUACUUCAUCUAUUUUCUUUCACCUAUGUGUAUCUCAAAAUAAACCCCAGAGUAUUCUGUUUUCGACUUUUAAGUGUUGUUCAGCAACACCGACUCAUUGCAUUUCCCAAACUCACAAUUCUAAUUUUCAAUAUUUAUAUAAUUUACAAGAAUA